AUGGCAGAUGACGUGAAAACAACACGAUGUGAGUACGUUUCUAUAGGAAAUGAUCGUAGCUAUUCUUUCAUCACAGGUGAAGUCAUUCAGAACGAAAUACCUACGUUCAAGGUUGUUCUUGUCGGUGACCCUGAAGUUGGAAAAUCCAGUAUAUUUUUACGCUACACAAAAAACCAGUUUGACUACAGUUAUCAGCCGAGUGUCUCUGUGAGUAUUGGAAAUAUUGUCAAGCAUGUCAACGUCCCAUUUGAGACCAUUGUGUCUGUGGCAUUAUGGGACCUUCCUGGGCGAGAGGAAAUGGACUUGCGAAGAAGCUAUUACAAGGAUGUGGAUGCUGCUAUUGUUGUUGUUGACAUGGAUGACAUUGACUCUGUGACUAUGGCUGGAACCUGGAAACAAGACAUUGUAAAUAAUGCAGUAUUUACAGCCAAUAAUGGAAAUAUAAAGGAAAACAUUGCAGAUUCUAAACUGAUACCAAUUCUACUUUUGGGGAACAAGAUGGAUAAGCUCAAAUAUCACAAGACUGAAGAGGAAAGAAAUGAUGAUGAUGAUGAGAUGUCUUACUUAGAAACAGUGCGAGUACUGGAGGGUGUGGCAUUACAACAUGGCUUUGUUGGAAGUGUUACAGUGUCAGCCAAAGAGAGUGAUAACAGCGUACAUGCUGCAAUCCAGUCGCUAAUACGACAUCUGUUGCAACAGAAAAUGAAGAAAAAGAAACUUACUUCAAAGGGUGGGAAACUCAGCAAGAAUGAUCUGGAACUUGAAGAGAAAAACUAUGUAACCAUAAGUCCUUUGGAAAUUUCAGAGAAAAAGGAGUUUAUUCCACUUAUUGUUACCAAAGUGCCUGAGUUUGAUGUGUUCUUUGCUGAGUGUAAUAACCCAAUUGAGACUGUUCAGAACACGAGUACAGGACUACUUGAUGCCAUGAACAAUUUUAAGAGAGCUUGUAGUAGGGCAGGUGUUACUAGCAGUGCAAAGGCAAGUCUUGAAGAGUGUAUAGAUGGACUGAAGCAGUUGAUAAGGACAGAUGAUGAUGAAGAUGCAUUGGAGGCACAUGAAGAUGGAGGGUACAUAAAGUUGUUAGUGAAAGAAGAAGUGAAAGAGCGUGUCAGUGGCCCAGUACAGAGAGUUUUGAACUCAUUCCACUCAGAGGUUGGUGCUGCUUCGAAAAAAGUUUUAGUUCAGUGUCCAGGUGCUUUAAACAGCCUUCGUGAAAAUGAAGAUAAAAUAAAUGAACUAAAAGCUACAGCGUUUGAGCGUGCUACAGCUCGAGGGAUGACACAGAGGAGGGCUAAGGCAGCAGUCUGCAAUAUUGACGCUAACUGCACCAGAAUAGGAGAAGCUGUGGCUACAGCAAUGGAAACCAUGACAGCUGUUGAUAAUGACUAUAAAAAGAUUAAGGCAGCUAUGUUGUGGUAGCUAGGUACCAGCAGUAUUUUUAUUUACGAGCAUUUUUAUGAGACAGUAAUCCAGCAAUGGCUAGCUAUGGGACCACACCCACACUGGAAUUAGAUUAUUCGAGAAGACUCCUUUAUCUUGUAAGAGUGUACCUCUCUGGAAGCUUGAGUUACAAUGACACCCCUUUUGUAACAGGCACCUCACCUUCAUAAACCAAACCCUUUCAGUGGGUCUCUACAACUUAACACUCCUUUGCAUGAACACCUCUCUCAGGACACCUGUUCUGGCUAGGGCUUGAUUUCCAUUGCUCUGUCUCAGCUGGUCUUCAAGUAGAGGAUAAAUAUUAGUUCAUUUUCCAAAUUGGAAAGAGUUGAUUACAUAACUAUUUAAUAAAAUCAAUAUAAUGUCUAGCAACCCCAGGUCACCCCAAUGUCUUUCUAUGAUAUUUAGUACAAAAUUUUCAAUUUUUAAAAGAAGUUGAGAACAUAUUUCGUGCAAUCAUUCAGGGCCAUAGUAAAUAUUGUAAGGAACAAGGAGGGAGUUUUGAAAAGGCUUUAUGCAAAAAGAUCCUCUAGACCAUGAAAAAAAAAAUGUUGAAAGUAUUAGAGUUUUUAUUUAUCAGGAAGGGUUGUGGUGUUUUUUAGUCAAGUUCCUCAUACCAAGGUAUAUAUAUAUAGUAUGGAAUCUCUUUUGAUAUUCCAACAAACAAACAAAAACAAGGGGAAAAUAUUUAUACUAUAGAAACAUGAGUCCAGGAAAGGACUUUAACAAUAAUCUGUUCUUCCCAGUUUCUCCUAAUUUAUACCACUUGUUGUAUUAUUUCUCCUAACUUAUUAUUACAUUAUUAUUUGUAUUCUCAUUAUUUCACAAAACUUGAAUGAUGCACCAAGUUGAUGAUUAACUUGCUCAAAAUAACAGCAGAUUGGCCAAUUAACCUUUUACACCUUAACAUCAGUUUGUAUAUUCUCAAUACUGUUCUCCAUGCACUUCCUUUAGUACUGACAAUGAGAAUUUGUUUAACAAUCACAAUAUAUAUAUAUACAUACAUGAAUGUGGGAGUAGAGUCUACCUUGGCAUAAAGUGCUUAAUGCUGUGGUAGCAGAGCUAAGUAUAGAUAAGUUAAAGAAUUAAAGAGGACGCAUCGAUUCUUUGUGUUUCUCUGAAUUUCCU